AGGAACGCCAUCGAGGGCCGCCGUUGUCUCGAUGGAGCGGCUCUCCUCCGACGAGCUGCGCCUGUGCGUGGACCGCGCAGACGUGUACGGCUCCGCGCUGGCGCAGGUGGCGCGGCUGCCGCCCGAGGAGCUGGCGCGCCCGCUGCAGGUGGGCUUCGCCGGCGAGGCCGCCGAGGACGCGGGCGGCCCCCGCCGCGAGUUCUUCAACGAGUUCGGGCGGGCGGCCGCCUCCGCCGCCGGCGCGUGGUCCUCCACGCCCGCCGGCACGCUGCGGCCCUCGCUGUCGCCGGCGGGCGACGCCGCGGCGGCGUUCCGGGGCCGUCCGGGGGCAACGAACCGGUCGGGGGUUGCUUCAGUGAGCUAAAAACGGUAUGACAUAAAUUCUUUACGCUUCGCGUAUCCCCACCAGCCC